UUUGGGAGCAGUGGUUUGUAAUUCUUAAAUGGUACUAGUGUAGUUAUUGUCAAAGUCAAUUAAAAGUUUCAUAAUAAUGACAAGAAUUACGGGUAGGUACCAAAACUUCGUUUUAGAAAAAAAUACGUCGACAGAGGUAGCUAACUUAUUUCGUGUGGAUGAUAAAAAAUGUCACGUGUGAAAAAAAUGUGAGACGAUAUUAUUGAAGAGUGAUAAUGAUAUAUUAUCUCUUGUAAAAUACAGUACCUACCCUCCACUUAGAAUAACAUUUUAAGAAUCAUCUCGCUAAAACAAAAUAGUGCUUUCCCUCCACUUUCUUAUCUUUCUGUAAAAAAAAUCACAUUAUGUCUAAGAAGUUGCUUCUGCUUCUUUUACUUAUUAUCUUAAGCCUACAUGCAUGUUCUGGCUCUAUUGUCAAGUUUCUUCCUGGUUUUGAAGGUCCUCUUCCUUUCGAGCUUGAGACCGGGUAUAUUGGUGUUGGUGAAGAAGAGCAAGUGCAAUUGUUUUACUACUUCAUUAAAUCUGAGAAGAAUCCAAAAGAAGAUCCUCUUCUUAUCUGGUUAAGUGGAGGACCUGGCUGCUCUUCUGCCACUGGUCUGUUUUUCGAGAAUGGUCCUGUGACAUUUAACGUUGAGGAGGGUUACAAUGAAGGUAGUGGACCCGCUUUACUUUCUACAACACAUUCAUGGACAAAGGUGGCAAACAUUAUCUUUUUGGACCAGCCUGUUGGCACUGGCUUCUCCUAUGCAACAACUCAACUUCUUGAUACACCUAGUGACUCAGGAGAAGCUAAGCAGAUCCAUGAAUUUAUUCGCAAGUGGUUAAGUAAGCAUACAGAGUUUAUAUCGAACCCUUUUUAUGUCGCUGGAGAUUCGUAUUCUGGUAAGAUUAUUCCGGCCACAGUUCAAGAAAUCUCCAAAGGAAAUGAUCUUGGGUUUAAACCUCAAGUAAAUCUUGAGGGUUAUGUACUAGGAAACCCGGUAACAGACUUCGAAUUGGACCAUAACCAUUGCAUUCCAUUUGCUCAUGGAAUGGCAUUAAUCUCUGAUGAACUCUACGAGUCAUUGAAGAGAAACUGUAAAGGAAACUAUGAAAAUAUAGAUCCACAUAACACAGAGUGCUUGAAACAUCAUGACAAAUAUCUAAAGUGUAUUUCUAGCAUAAAUGUUGUUCAUAUUCUAAUGCCACGUUGCGAUCCCCCCCUGUUCCUCCAAAGAAGAUUUAUUCUCCUUAGAAACGUUUCGGCUCCGUUAAUUGCAGAUGGAUGCUAUAUAUAUACUGAUUUAAUAGCUUCCCUCUGGGCUAAUGAUGAGAGCGUACGUAAAGCACUUCAUGUAGUUAAGGGAAGUAUAGAAAAAUGGGUACGGUGUUCUUCGGGCAAGCCUUACGACUUCGACAUUAAAAGCAGCGUACCAUACCAUAUGAACAAUAGCAUCAAAGGAUACAGAUCUAUCAUAUUCAGCGGUGAUCACGACUUAGUGGUGCCUUUCCCUUCAACGCAAGCGUGGAUAAGAUCACUUGGUUAUUCCAUUAUUGAUGAGUGGAGGCCAUGGAUGGUGCACAAUCAAAUUGCUGGAUACACUCGGACUUAUGCCAAUAACAUGACAUAUGCUACUGUCAAAGGAGGUGGGCAUACACUUGAAUUCAAACCAAAUGAAAGCUUUAUCAUGUUUCAGAGGUGGAUUAGUGGUCAACCACUCUAAAAUCCCUUUGUUUUUUUUUGGGUAGUCAUUGAUAAUUUUAUCUGUAAAAUUGUUGUUGAGACUUGACCAUUAAGUUCAUGGAGAUUAAAAUAGCCAGUGGUAACCGAUUGAAUACCAUCAGUACCACUUUUAUUACAAAGUUCCUGUAUCAAUUUUUUUUUUGUAUAUAAUUUUCUUACAAAGUUCCUGUACCAUUUCUCUAGUUUGUGAAAUAUCGGAUCCCCUC